CCUGAAUAGAAGAGAGCAGCGGAGAGAGAGAGCAUGGUACACCUCAUCACGGAUGCGUGUGAGAUAUUUAUCAACACUCAUUUUAUAUUCUCAUAACUUUAGCUGCACUGCUCUUAGUUUUUUUUCUGGAUUUUAUGUGCACAAUUCAACGUGCCUUUGCAGUGGCUUCUCUCUCCAAAUGGCUUGGAUUAUUUCCCCGCCGUGGCAAUGCCAAGGGACUGGCGCUGUUUUUUUGCUCUCUGCUUUGAUCGCGGUGAUUGUGACAAGUGACUCCGCCGCGCAGGUUUUCGACAGUUAUGGAUUAUCAUAUGCAUUGAGAUCAGAACUGUCUGAGGAUGCUAUAUUGGUGGCCAACAAUGGAAUACGCGUGCCUUUCGGGAGAGCAGUGUUCAUUGAUCCUAUCAAUGAUCUGGUAAUCCAAGUACAGCCGGGAGACAGAUGUAGUAUGACGGUUCUGGAUAACGACCCGCUCUCCCAGAGGCCCGGGCAGCUCUCUCCCAAAAAGUUUCCCUGUGAGUUUGGACCCAAUGACGUAAAGUAUUCUCACUUCGGGUCCAGGAGCCCCCCGCGGGAUAGGGUGAGGCUACAGCUCAGAUAUGACACUCAUACCGACACCAUAAUCAUCCCGUUUAUGGUGGAAGUGGAGGUGAUUUUCACACAGUUGGAAGUGUUAACCAGAAACAUGCCUCUGACUGUUGACAAACUGCUUGGCACUAGUAACCCCAUUGACAGGAAGAUUCUAGAGUUCACCUAUGAUAGAAGUGAACAUCAGUGUAAAAUAACAUCUCUCUCUAGUGGCAGUGCAUUACCCAGGUAUGGGAAACUUGUGGAUGAGGGAAAACUUGGAGAAAUGGUGGAUUGUGAUGAAUUUAUUAAAAUGAAUAUCCGCUAUCAGCACACUUCUGCACACAGAUCACCCAAUAGAGAUUAUUUCCCAAUGAUUGUGGAAUUACAAGAUAAAGAGGGUAAUUUUCUGAAGCAGGAGUUUUUCCAGAUGAUGGUGCGUAUAAAGGAUGGAGAGGAGAACACGGCUCCUAAACCCAGCUUCGUGGCCAUGAUGAUGAUGGAGGUGGAUCAGUUUGUGAUGACAGCCAUCACCCCCGACAUGCUGGCUGCUGAGGACAUUGAGUCUAACCCUGACAACCUUAUCUUCAACAUCACCACCCCCCUCUCCUUCGAGGAGGGGUACAUAGUCAGCACAGAUGACCGGAACCUGCCCAUCACCUCUUUCUACCAGGGAGACCUCAAAGAACUAAAGAUAGCCUACAAGCCUCCGUCUGUGGACUCUGAAACAGAACGUAUCUUCCAGAUAGAGUUUGAGGUGGUGGACACUGAUGGGGCUGUGUCUGACCCGUUCGCCUUCAUGAUUGUAGUGAAGCCUAUGAACACGCUUGCUCCAGUAGUCACCAGGAAUACUGGUCAGCUUCUCUACGAGGGUCAGUCCAGACCACUGUCCAGUUCUCAUAACCUAGGGGUCAGUGACGAGGACGACCUGGAUGUUGUCAGGAUCAUGGUGGUCGACGGGCUGCGGCAUGGCCAGCUGACGGUGCUCGGGUCACUCAGGAAGUUCUUCACCCCGGCCGAUCUGGAUGGGGGCAUGGUCAUAUACCAGCAUGACGGCAGCGACACGUACAGCGAUAACAUCAUCUUCCGGAUGACGGACGGGAAGCACGAGGUGGAGUUCCUGUUUCCCCUAACGAUCGUUCCCACGGACGACGAGCCGCCCAUUAUCAACGCUAACACGGGGUUAAUCCUCUUCAAGAACCAGAUUAUGCUCAUUUCUCCACUCACACUGAGCGCUGCAGAUAUCGACUCUGAGGACUCCACUAUCAGGUUCACCAUAGAAGCCCCGUUCUCACCUAUAGGGGAGGUGCUGCUGAGGCAGUCAGAGGCCCCAGCGGACCCAUCCACCUGGAGGUUUAAUGCUGAGGAUGAGCUGUAUGAGAAAGAGGUUACAGAGUGGUUGCAGCAGGAUAUCACAGACGGGAAACUAUUCUACAGACACACCGGGCCUCACAGCACUGACACAGUCAUGGACCAGUUUGUUUUCCAGGUCCAGGAUGAUAACGACCCCCCUAACCAAUCAGAACAGAGCUCGUUCAUCAUCAAGGUUCUGCCAGUGGAUGACAUCCCCCCUGAGCUGUAUCCUGGUACCACCCUCCAGAUGACCGUACAUGAGUACCAGCUCACCUACUUCCGUAAGAAGUUUCUCCGCUACACUGACCUGGACUCGGAGGACAGAGAUCUGAAGUACACCGUCACCCAGCCCCCGACAGACACAGACGAGAACAGCCCUGUGGUACUGGGGUCUAUUGUGUUAACAGAAAGUCCAAACACUGUAGUGACUGAGUUUACUCAGGCUCAGGUCAACCACCAUAAGAUAUCAUACAAACCACCUGACCUGGAGCUGGGGAUCACAGCCCACGUUCUGCAGUUCCAGUACACGGUGGAGGAUACGUCAGGGAAUACUGUCACCGGAACAUUCUCUAUAUUCCUGCAGCCUGUUGACAACAAGCCGCCUCAGAUAACCAACACUGGCUUCACUAUAUUCGAGCGGGGAACGCACAUAAUCACCAGAGCUGAGCUGGAUACUGUGGACUUAGACACGGACAGUAGCCAGAUUUCCUUCACACUCAGUCAGCCCCCUCAGCACGGCACGGUCCAGUACACCUUCACCGACCUGACCAAAGGGGACCAGUUCAACCUGUUGGACAUUGCUAAUGACAGGAUCUCCUACAUCCACAACGGAGACGAGUCCACCGGCGAUUUCUUUCAGCUGGAUGUCAGUGAUGGCGUCCAUGUUGUGACCAUCACCAUCAGGGUUACCGUGAAGCCCAUCGAUGACGAGACCCCGACCAUCACCCUCCCGGCCGGAACCAUUGGCUCCUACAUCGACGUCCUGGAGAACGGCGCUACGGAGAUCACGACUAACGUCAUCCAGGGGCGGGACGAGGACACGGAUGACCUCCGCUUGACCUUCAUCCUGGAGGACCCACCGGUUUUUGGAGAGAUCCUGGUGAACGGGGUUCAAUCAGAGAGCUUCACCCAGGCUGACAUCAUCAACGGACUGGUGGUGUACACCCACACCAGCGGAGAGAUCGGCCUCACCACUAAAUAUGACUACUUUAACCUGACGCUGACAGACAUGUCUGAUGAGUGGACGGUAGGGGGCAACAGGGUCACGGGGGUCAGGGUACAGAUCACCAUCCUCCCCAUGGACAGCCAGGCUCCAGAGGUGUUCGUAGGCCCACAGUUCACUGUUGUAGAGGGAGAGAAGAAUGUGAUUGAGAUUCUUCACAUUAGUGCUGAUGAUAUUGAUACUCCUAAUGAUGACCUGCUUUGUACCAUCAUCGUACAGCCCACGUCAGGCUACGUGGAGAACAUCUCCCCAGCCCCAGGCUCAGAGAAGUCCAGGUCUGGGACUGCGAUCAGUGCAUUCACCAUCAAGGACAUCAGACAGAACCACAUCUACUAUGUCCAAAGCAUCCAUAAGGGAGUGGAGCCGGUCGAGGACAGGUUCACGUUCAGAUGCUCAGACGGCAUCAACUUCUCCGAGAGACAUUUCUUCCCCAUCGCUAUCAUCCCGUUCAACGAUGAGAAGCCGGAGAUCUAUAUGAGGGAGUUUGUCGUUAUGGAAGGGAUGAAUAUUGUUAUCGACACGCCCAUCCUGAAUGGAGCCGACGCGGACAUCCCCUCGGACGAACUCACGUUCAUCAUCACCAAACCACCCAAGCACGGCUUCAUCCUCAACCAGCUGACCACCGGCACUGUCACAGUCACCAACUUCACCCUGGACCAGAUCAGGGAAGCCUCCAGUAUAGUGUACGAACAUGACGACUCGGAGACCAAGGAGGACAGCUUUGACUUAAUCCUGACAGACGGUAAAUAUACCGUGGAGAAGACCAUCAUUAUUAUGAUCAUUCCUGUAGAUGAUGAGACACCCAGGAUGGCCAUCAACGAUGGUCUGGAGAUAGAGAUAGGAGACGUUAAAGUGAUCGAUAACAAUGUUUUAAAAGCCACCGACCUGGAUUCUGAGGAUAGUACUUUGACGUACGUUGUUCGCUAUGGGCCGGGCCAGGGGUUGUUACAGAGGAGAACCCCUUAUGGGACGUUAGAGAACAUCACAGUGGGGAUGAACUUCACCCAGUACCAGGUGGACCAGGCUCUCAUCGUCUAUAUCCACAACGGGCAGGAAGGAAUCCGGGACCUUAUCAAGUUUGACGUGACGGACGGCAUCAACCCUCUGAUCGACAGGUACUUCUAUGUGACAGUGGGCGGCAUCGAUAUGGUGUUCCCUGACGUGGUCAGUAAGGGGGUCUCUCUGAAAGAAGGCGGUAAAGUAACGUUGACCACAGACCUGCUCAGCACCAGCGACCUCAACAGUCCAGACGAACACCUGGUGUUCACCAUCACCAGAGCCCCACAGAGAGGCCAUCUGGAGUGUACCGACGGCCCUGGCAUGCCCAUCUCCUCCUUUACCCAGCUCCAGCUAGCUGGGAGCAAGGUGUACUACAUCCACACGGCCGAUGAUGAGGUCAAGAUGGACAGCUUUGAGUUCGAGGUCACCGACGGAUACAACCCUGUGUUCCGCACGUUCCGUGUCUCCAUCACCGAUGUGGACAACAAGAAACCGGUUCUAACGGUUCACAGCUUGGUGGUUAACGAGGGAGAGAACAAACUCAUCACGCCCUUCGAGCUGACCGCAGAGGACCGUGACACGGCUGACCGCCUCCUGAAGUUCACGGUCACCCAGGUCCCUGUCCACGGUCGCCUCCUCUUCAACAACACCCGCCCCGUCACCUCCUUCACCAAACAGGACCUGAACGAGAACCUCAUCAGCUACAAACACGACGGUACGGAGUCCUCCAAGGAUUCCUUCUCCUUUAUCGUGAGUGACGGGACGCACACCGACUUCUACGUGUUCCCAGACACCGUGUUCGAGACGCGGCGCCCCCAGAUGAUGAAGAUCACGGUCCUGUCGGUGGAUGAUGGGGUGCCCCAGAUCGUGGUGAAUAAAGGGGGGCCCACCCUGAGGGUGUUAGAGACGGGUCACCUGGGGUUCCUCAUUACCUCUAAAACUCUUAAGGCCGAGGACAGGGAUAGUCUUCAGCUCUCUGUCACCUUUAAGAUCACCGUGGGUCCAGAGCAUGGAUACCUCAUCAACCUGGGUACAGGCAACGCUACCGUCACCACAUUCACUCAAGCUGAAAUUGAUGACAUGAAGAUUUGCUACGUACUAAGAGAUGGUGACAAUGCUACGAGUGACAUCUUCUAUUUCUCCAUUGAGGACAAUGGAGGCAACAGGCUGAAGAACCAGGUGUUCAGGCUGAACUGGGCCUGGGUCUCCCUGGAGAAGGAGUACUAUGUGGUGGACGAGGAGGCCAAGUACCUGGAGGUGGUCCUCAAACGACGAGGAUACCUGGGAGAGACGUCCUUCGUCAGCAUCGGCACCAGAGAUGGUACAGCGGAGAAGGAUAAGGACUUCCGUGGUAAAGCCCAGAAGCAGGUCCAGUUUAACCCAGGUCAGACCACGGCUACAUGGAGGGUGAGGAUCUUGCAGGAUGGAGUGUACGAGCAGUCUGAGACCUUCCAGAUUGUUCUGUCAGAACCUGUCAUGGCUGCCCUGGAGUUCCCUGACACAGCCACUGUGGAGAUCCUCGACCCAGCAGAUGAGUCGACAGUGUUCAUCCUGUCUGCAGUCUACCCUAUAGAGGAGGACAUUGGGGAGCUGCUGAUCCCAGUACGCAGGAGUGGUGACAUCACACAGGAACUCAUGGUCAUCUGCUACACACAGCAAGCCACAGCUACAGGGACCAUCCCCACUACAGUCCUGUCCUACUCUGACUACAUAUCCAGACCUGAGGAACACAACAGUGUCCUGCGCUUUGAUAAGGGCGAGACGGAGAAGUCCUGUCGUGUGGUGAUCAUAGAUGACUCUCUGUAUGAAGAGGAGGAGAGCUUCAACGUUACCCUCAGUAUGCCCAUGGGAGGCCGUCUGGGACAGGAGUACCACACUGCCAGGGUCACCAUCAUACCUGACCUGGAUGAUGCUCCAGGAUUCUACUUCGGAGACACAGACUACCGUGUGGAUGAGAGUGAUGGUUAUGUGGAGGUCAAGGUGUAUAGGACAGGCACUGACCUCUCUAAAACAGCCACGGUCACUGUACGCUCCAGGAAAACAGACCCUGUCUCUGCUGAAGCCGGUGUGGACUACGUAGGGAUCAGUCGUAACCUGGACUUUGCCCCGGGGGUCAGCCAGCAGACGUUCAGGGUGACCAUCCUGGAUGACCUGGGUCAGCCGGUGCUGGAGGGGACCGAGACAUUCGAGCUGGUCCUCCGCAUGCCCAUGAACGGCAUCCUGGGAGAACCGGGGAAGGCCACCAUCCUCAUCAACGACUCCGUCUCCGACCUGCCCAAGGUGCAGUUCCGUGAUGCCAUGUACAUGGGGCAUGAGAACUCCGGUCAGAUCUCAGUCGUGGUGUAUCGUAGUGGAGACAUCAGUUACAGGUCAACGGUCCGCUGUUACACCAGACAGGGCACCGCUCAGGUCAUGAUGGACUUCAACGAACGACCAAACACAGACGCUUCCAUCAUCACCUUCCUACCAGGGGAGGUGGAGAAGCCGUGUGUUCUGUCUCUGGUUGAUGACACGGAGCAUGAGGAGGAGGAGGAGCUGAGGCUGGUGUUGGGGUCGCCACGCAGUGAAUCUCCGUUCGGAGCGUCCAUCGGGAAACAGAACGAGACUCUGGUCAAGAUCAUGGACGACACAGACAAGGCCAUCAUCAAGUUUGGGGAGACUAAGUUCAGUGUGAGUGAGCCUAGCGGGGCAGGCCAGGUGUCCAUGGUGAAGAUCCCAGUGCUGAGGGUAGGAGACACCUCCAAGGUCUCUGUGGUCCGCGUCCACACCAAGGACGGAUCAGCCACCUCCGGAGAGGACUACCAUCCUGUAUCUGAAGACAUUGAGUUCAAGGAGGGUGACACAGAGCACUACAUCGAGGUGGAGAUCUUGUAUGAUGGAGUCAGAGAGAUGAGAGAAGCCUUCACGGUCCACCUGAAACCUGAUGAGAACAUGGUGGCUGAGACGCAGAUGAGUAAGGCCAUUAUCUACAUAGAGGAGACCAACAGCAUGGCGGACGUCACCUUCCCCUCCGUCCCCCAGGUGUUCUCCCUACUGCAGUAUGACGACACCUCCAGGGCCAGACACACCCCCCCAGUGGCAGGCUACCCCGUUGUCUGUGUCACGGCUUGUAAUCCUAAGUACCCUGACUACGACAAGACUGGCUCCAUCUGCAUCAGCGAGCACAUCAAUGACACACUGACCCGCUAUCGAUGGUUGGUCAGCGCUCCAACCAGCCUGGACGGGGUCACCAGCUCCAUGAGAGAGGUGGACUUUAAUACCUUCUUCUCCUCCUCCAAGAUCAUCACCUUGGACUCUGUCUAUUUCCAGGCUGGCUCUAGGGUGCAGUGUGCAGCCCGUGCUGUGAACUCUAACGGAGAUGAGGGCCUGGAACUCAGCAGCUUCAUAGUCUCCAUCAGUAUAGAGGAUGGUAUGUGCCAGCCUCGUGUGGUGGGUACAGUGGGCGCUGAGCCCUUCUCUGCCAAGCUACGCUACACCGGAGCAGAGGACCCAGACCACCCCAACCUCAUCAAGAUCACUGUCACCAUGCCACACAUAGACGGCAUGCUCCCUGUGGUCUCCACCCGUCCUCUGUCUAACUUUGAGCUGACGUUGAGUCCUGAUGGUACUCGUGUGGGGAACCACCGCUGUUCUAACCUGCUGGACUACACCGAGGUCAAGACCCACCACGGCUUCAUAACCAACGCCACCAAGAACCCUGAGGUGAUCGGGGAGACCUCUCCCUACCAGUACAGCGCCCCCCUGAGGGGAUCCAGCGUAUUGCGCUUCUACAAGAAUCUCAACCUAGAGGCCUGUCUAUGGGAGUUCACUAGUUACUAUGACAUGUCUGAGCUACUGUCAGACUGUGGAGGGACCAUCGGUACAGACGGACAGGUGUUGAACCUGGUCCAGUCCUAUGUGACCCUCCGGGUGCCCCUCCACGUCUCCUAUGUGUUCCACUCCCCGGUGGGGGCAGGAAGCUGGCAGCAUUUUGACCUGCAGUCUGAGCUACGACUCACCUUCGUAUACGACACUGCCAUCUUGUGGCGGGACGGCAUUGGCAGUCCUCCUGAGGCUGAGUUACAAGGAGCCCUGUACCCCACCAGUAUGCGUAUCAACGAACAGGGUCGUCUGGUGGUCAACUUCAGAACAGAGGCUCGAUUCAGAGGACUGUUUGUCAUAUCACACUCUGCGUCCUCUCUGUCGUCCAUGGUGAUGUGUGCGGACCACCCCGGGGUGACGUUUAAUCUCAGCCUGGUGAGGAGCGAACCCACCUACAACCAGCCCAUGCAGCAGUGGACCUUCACAUCAGACUUCGCAGUGCGUGACUACUCAGGUACCUACACGGUGAAGCUGCUACCCUGUACCUCUCCUCCCGGUCUGGAGUAUUCCCUGCCUCCUGUUUGUAACCCCAGAGAAACUGUCACCUUCGACCUGGACAUACGCUUCCAGCAGGUGAGUGACCCUGUUGCGGCUGAGUUCAGUCUGAACACACAGAUGUUGCUGCUGUCUAAGAGAACUUUGUGGCUGUCUGACGGAUCCAUGGGCUUCGGACAGGAGAGCGACAUAGCCUUCUCACAGGGUGACAUGAUAUAUGGCAGAGUGAUGGUGGACCCAGUUCAGAACCUGGGGGAUUCCUUUAUCUGUAACAUAGAGAAGGUGUUCCUGUGCACCGGCGCGGAUGGAUAUGUGCCCAAGUACAAUCCCAACAACAAUGAGUAUGGCUGUCUGGCUGAUGCUCCAUCGCUGCUUUACAGAUUCAAAAUCAUCGAUAAGGCCCAGCCAGAGACCCAGGCCAGGUUGUUUGGUAAUGUCGGGUUCAGGGCUCUGCUGGCUGUAGACGACCCUCAGGCCCUGGCCCUGGUCAGACAGCCUGGAUCUGACGGCUUCAGCAUGAACUCUACAGCACUGUUCCAAGUGUCAGCAGGGAGAGAGUGGUUCAUCCACACCAUCUACACCGUCCGCUCCAGAGAGAAUGCUAACAGGGGGAUCGGGAAGAGAAGUCUGGAGUACCACACACUCACCCAACAUAGCAGUAUGGCUGCAGGAGGCCACUCUCUGACCCAACACAGCAGUAUGGCUGCAGGAGGCCACUCCCUGACCCAACACAGCAAUAUGGCUGCAGGAGGCCACUCCCUGACCCAACACAGCAGCAUGGACAGAGAAACCCAGCAUCAAACUAUGGCUGCAGGAGGAACGUCCCAGUCCCAGUUUCGAUCCAGGCGGUCAGCAAACAGGGUGCCAGACCUGACAGAGGACAUCGGCCUGGACAACAACCGAGGCACCAACAUUCUCCAUAUCGCCCUGGACCUCAGCCGCCAGCGCCACACCAGCCCCGACCAGGAGGUCCUCACUCGGGGUGUGGUGCCCAGGGAGCUGAACCAUCCUGCUGAGAGCGAGGACGGCUUGGUCCUGAUCAUAGGGAUCCUGGUGGGCCUCCUCCUCACUAUCCUUAUCAUCAUCGUCAUAGUGCUAACCGUACGGUCCAGACAGGAGAAGAAGAAGAUGGAGGUUCCCACAACAACGUCAAGCUCCACUGAGCCCAUGGUGACAUCAGGGUUCACUUGCGGUGGCUUGGACAGCUCAGAAGUCUGACGGACAGACAGACAAACGGACUUCCUUCGACAUGACCAUUGAGACAGACAGACUGAUGGACGGAUAUUCUCCACAGAAAAUAAAACACUGACAGAUGUUGUUUUUUUAAUGUUUUUUUUUUGCAAGUGCCUCAUAACUUUUACGUUGGGACAUAAAGAGAGGGAGGGGACAACUGAAACAACACAGUCGACAAUGAGAGCUUUGGUUCCGUACAAAAACCUACUUGAAAUCCUGCAGUCCUUCUGCUCUGCUGUAGGGGAGACCAUAGAGGUAAAACAAUCUCUCUCUAUGGGGAGACUGCCCCAUCUAGGGCAGAGCAUGUAACUUGUUCUGUUCAAGGCACUUGCCAGCAUUCAUUAUUGCUUUGUUUUAUGAUGACACUUGAUCCCAAAAAUGUUUAUGAUUUGCCCAAAGGUGCUAAAGCAGCAGAUGCCUCUGUCCUGUAGGAUGGAUGGUGGUCCUGUGAGUUGGUAGAAGGACAUGUAGCAGGGCUAUUCAACUCCAUGCCUGUAGGGCAGAAGUUUUGCUGAUUGUCUUUUCUACCUGGUAGUUGAUUGAUUGAUUGAUUGAUUGAUUGAUUGAUUGAUUGAUUGAUUGAUUGAUUGAUUGAUUGAUUGAUUGAUUGAUUGAUUGAUUGAUUAAUGUCACUGAUUGGCCGUAGAGUUCCAUGAUUUAACCAGUUUCCGGUUAGAAUGAAAGACUGAUAACCAGAAGUGUUUCAGCCUUCCAGGCCCAUAGUUCAAUACCGGUAUUCCUGGUAUUCAGUAUUCAAUAUGAUUGCAAAGUUGUCAUAGAACUGUCAUAGUUGUUCAUGAAUAUGUUUGUUUUCCCAUGUCAAGCCACUGUCAAUAGUCUGCUAACACUGGGAAUACAUUAUUUGAAAUCUUUCAAGAGUAUUAGCUUUAGCCUGCCUGGAGUGCCAGGUGGGACUUUUAUAUUGGUUCCACUGCAACAGGCAAGCUCAAUUGAUCACAGCUUAAGUAUUUUACAUGAUUUAAAAGAGUAUUUGAACCCAGGUCUGCUCUCUAUACCGUAAGUAUGGAGGCUGAUUCAUGUUGAAGUUCAACAGGUGCCUAAGAAUCCACUGGAGGUUAUACUGUAGGAAGCGUCCCAAAUGGCACCUUAUUCCCUAUUUUGCACUGUAAGUAGUGCACUAUAUAGGGAAUAGGGUGUAAUUUGGGACGAAUGCUUAGAUUUUCUCUAUUACAUGGUUAUUAUAUUUGUUUUGUUUGUAUUAAUGGUUAUCUAUCAUUUGUGCCUGCUUCUGAUUUUGUAUUUUCUUUAAAAUAAUUGCUUAAACUUGUAUAAUAAUGUGUAAAGCAGAUUUGGGGGAAAAUGUGUCUAAUCUACUGUAGCUAAUUCAGACUUAAUUACAUGUUUUUCUAUCCUAACAGAGUUCCAAGUUGAUCACAAUUUUUUUGGGGGGGGUAAUUGUUCUCUCGAUAGUCCCAAAAUCAUGGUUGUAGUGACUUUGUAUGGUUCUGUCCCAAAUGGCAUCCUAUUCCCUAUUUAGUGCACUACUUUUGAUCAGAGCCCAUAAGGAAUUAAGGUACCAUAUAGGGAAUAGGGUGCCAUUUUGGACACAUCCUAUAUCAGUGUGGUCCUGUAUUUGAAUACAUACAGUACAGUACUGAAUUGAAUCUAAUGAGAAAAGGUAUAUCCUGUAGGGGAGAGUGGGUAAGUUGAGCCAUUUUUUACAUUCAGCAUCACUCCAUCAAUGGAAAUGUAGUAUUCUUUCUAACAAAGAUAUCUAUAUAUAUUUCAGGAUGUUGUGUAUCCCUGAAAAUAAUCUGAAUUCAUGUAAACAUUACAAUUUUGAAAACAUAGCUUGUCCAAAGAAAGUGAUAUCUUGGCACGAUUUACCCCUACACAUUUGUGUACUGAAUGAAAUAUUACCACUACCUUUUUAAAACCAUGUCUAUCUUUACUUUCCAAACACAAUUCAACACAAUCACUUCUUUGUCUUUUAAUCCCUCAUAUCCCAGCCGUUCAUUAUACCUGGGAAGAAAACAUUUACUCAACUUACCACAAGGCAAACAGUUUGACUAUAUUAGCCCACACAGCUGCAAGGAUGCACUUUCAUGCUAGGUUUAGGACCUCAUAUUGAAGCUUAUUGUAUAGAAAAAUUAUACCAUUAUAUCUAUUUUGGUUUAGAUACAAAUUAUUAUAUCUAUUUUGGUUUAGAUACAAGCGUCAUGAAACCUCUUAACACAAUAAAUUAAUUUGACUUGGUGAAAAUCAGUUUUUUGGAACAUACUUGCUUUCUUCCUUCACGGACUCCAUGAAAUGAUGACCUCUUCCUAAAUAUUUGGUGAAAUUAUUCAUUUUGUGUAUGGUUUCCUAGAAACAAGGGUGGUUCAACUUACCCCUUUGACUCAACUUACCCCACUCUCCGCUGGUGAGUUGAUUUUAAAGACAGCUGGUCUGCAAUGUACAGUUUAUAGCAGCUCUGGAUGGACCCACUAGGCACAGACUCAUCAUAUAGUGAGUAGCUUAUUCCCUAAAUAGGGAGUAGGGUGCCAUUCUGGACUAACUCUGUUUCUCUACAGGGCUAUGAAGUGACUGAUCUGUACCAAAUGUUCUCCAAAGGUUUUACAUUAUAUUUAGUAUUAUAAAAACAUUCAUAAUGGACCAUGAAUAUGUAUGCAUCCCAAAUGGCACCCUAUUCCCUUUAUAGUUCACUACUUUUAUAGUAGUGCGCGAUAUCGAGAAAUGGGUGCCAUUUGGGACUCCGACCAGAAGGGAAAACCAACUAUGAUCUACUACAAUCUAAAUCACGGCUGUUAGAGAGAUUAAUGUUAAUACAUCACAGAAGUAUUUAUUUUAUCACAUAAAUAUCCAUAGGGAUUGCCAAUAAAAAAGAUCUAAUAUUUGUUUCCCUCUAAAGAUAAUUUUCUAAUCAGCCACAAACCACAUAAAAUAUGUUUCAGACAUGGUUGCCACUUUUGCAAUGUAAUGAUGCAUAAAGAAAAGGUAUAGACCUGGUAUAGACCAUCACCUUGUCAAUGGAUGUCCCAGUCAUAAUACUAAGAUAACAUACAAUGACCUCCAUACUGUAUAGUGACUUCAUAUACCCACUGCUUUAUAAACUUCAGAUUUCUAUAUCGUUUGCUGUUUAAUUUUUGAAAACAUAAAUGCUAUGCAACUUACAAUAUCAUACCACUAAAGUAGUAUUGAAUCCCAAUAUUUCUUUAUUUUUUAAUAUGAUUAUUUUUGCUGAUUUUACAUUUUGUCCCUGUACCACCAAUAGCUCUUAUAUCAUGUUAUUACCACCACCUUUAUGAUUUCAGGAUUUUGUUGAAUGCAUCUAAUGCCUGUGCGAGUGUAUACACAUGUAUGUAAUAUAUGUAUUGCUAAUAAAUAUACCGUUUGGAUGUUUUGGGAAUUAUCAGUGUUAAAUGCAUAUGUGCUGUAAGUAUUUGUAACAUAGACCUAAAGCACAAAGUGGUCUGCAAAUAAAGUUUUUUCAAGGAAA